ACCGACCAACCAGUUGUUCCAGAGAGCAGAGGGAAUGCAUUUAGGCUGAUAUAAGAGUACGUCCCUGCGUCAUUCUGGCGUGGCAGUCUAUCUUCGGUUUGCUGAGGGAGCAAGGGAAAAAAAACACCUAAUCGUUCCCCCUACUAUUAGGGAGCAAAGGCUAGCUUUCGGCCAACGAAAGGCGGUGAGAUGAUUCCUGUCCGUGUGAUUUUGCUGUUCUUAGCAGCGUGUUCCUAUCGGUGCAGACACGUAAAUGGAUCUAAAGUAUCUUGUGAGGCAUCGCAGUUUCAGUGCCGAAAUGGUCGUUGUAUCCCCACAGUGUGGAAAUGUGAUGGUGAUGAUGAUUGUACUGAUGGAAGUGAUGAAAGUUCCUGUGCUAAGAAAACAUGUGGUAGUUCUGACUUCACGUGCCAUGAUGGACAUUGUGUGCCUGGAAGGUGGCAAUGUGAUGGGGAUGCUGACUGUGAAGAUGGAUCAGAUGAAAGUCCAGAAGUGUGUCACAUGAGAACCUGUCGUGUCAAUGAAGUCAGCUGCAGCCCUGGAUCUAAUCAGUGUAUUCCUGUCACCUGGAGAUGUGAUGGUGAACAAGAUUGUGGUAAUGGUGGAGAUGAAGAAAACUGUGGUGCCCUUACUUGCAGUGUCCAGGAAUUCACUUGCUCCAGUGGUAGAUGCAUUUCCAAGACAUUUGUAUGUAAUGGUGAAGAUGACUGUGGUGAUGGAAGUGAUGAAAGAGAUUGUGCACCACCCACCUGUGGCUCUCAUGAGUUUCAGUGCAACAGUUCAGAAUGUAUCCCACUUAAGUGGGUAUGCGACAGUGAUGUUGACUGUGCUGAUCACUCAGAUGAAUCUACAGAACGCUGUGGUCGCACUCUUCCUCCACUUGUAAGAUGCUCUGCUGCUGAAAUCCAGUGUGAUUCUGGUGAAUGCAUUCAUCGCAGGUGGUACUGUGAUGGUGAUGCUGACUGCAGAGAUGGAAGUGAUGAAAUCGACUGCCCUCCUCAAACUUGUAGACCAGACAACUUCAGAUGUGGUGAUGGUAACUGUAUUCAUGGAAGCAGACAAUGUAAUGGAUUUAGAGACUGUCCUGAUGGCACUGAUGAGAUUAACUGCAGGAAUAUUUCAGAUUGUUCAGGGCCAACUAACUUCAAGUGCCACAGUGGAGAAUGCAUUGACAUGACUCAAGUGUGUAAUCAGCAGCAGAAUUGCAUGGACUGGAGUGAUGAGCCCCUUAAAGAAUGUGGUUUGAAUGAAUGCUUGGUGAACAAUGGUGGUUGCUCCCAUAUCUGCAGAGAUCUUGUCAUUGGCUAUGAAUGUGAUUGCCCUGCUGGCUUCAUGUUGGUUGACCAAAAAACAUGUGGUGAUGUUGAUGAAUGCCAGAACCCUGGGAUUUGUAGUCAAAUUUGCAUUAAUUUGAAAGGAGGCUAUAAAUGUGAAUGUUAUACUAGCUAUCAAAUGGAUCCAGCUAAUGGAGUCUGCAAGGCAAUAGGUAAAGAGCCUCAUUUAAUGUUCACUAAUCGUCGUGAUAUCAGGCGACUAGGAUUGGAACACAAAGAAUAUACCCAAGUUGUUGAGCAGCUGAGAAAUGCUAUAGCACUUGAUGCUGAUAUUGCAGAGCAGAGAGUCUUCUGGGCUGAUUUGGGCCAGCGGGCAAUUUUCAGCACUUUUGUGGACCAACCAACUUCUGGCUAUUCCAGAAUUGUCAAUGAUGUGCAAAUUCCUGCAGGAAUUGCAGUGGACUGGAUUUACAAGAACAUCUACUGGACUGAUCUGGGUUUCAAAACUCUAUCUGUGGCAAACUUCAAUGGGACCAAAAAGAUAACCCUCUUUAACACUGAUCUAAGGGAACCAGCUUCUAUAGCUGUUGAUCCACUAUCUGGAUUUGUCUAUUGGUCAGAUUGGGGUGAACCAGCAAAGAUAGAGAAAGCUGGAAUGAAUGGUGUUGAUCGACAACUCUUGGUUACCAGAGAUAUUCAAUGGCCAAAUGGAAUUGCAAUUGAUCUUGUGAAAAAACGCCUCUAUUGGGUUGAUUCAAAAAUCCACACAUUAUCCAGUGUGGACCUGAGUGGGCAGGACAGGAGGAGAGUGCUUUUGUCAACAGAAUUCCUUGCUCAUCCUUUUGCUGUUGCUGUAUUUGAAGACCGUGUAUUCUGGACUGAUGGGGAGAAUGAAGCUAUCUAUGCAGCAAACAAAUUUACGGGAGUAGAUGUGGUUCUGUUGGCCUCAAACCUCAAUGAACCUCAGGAUAUCAUAGUCUAUCAUGAACUUGUGCAACCUUCAGGAAGAAACUGGUGCAAUGGGCAUCUGAAGAAUGGAGGAUGUGAAUACAUGUGUCUGCCUGCUCCUCAAAUUAAUAGUCACUCAGCAAAAUACACAUGUAUGUGUCCAUCUGGAAUGGAACUAGCGCAAAAUGGUCGUCAAUGCAGGAUGGAUAAAAAUUCAAGCAUUCCACUCCAAUUGAACCAGUUUGGGAAAGGAUCAACAGCUGUUUGGAUUACCCUUCCUGUCUUGCUUCUGGCAAUAGCUGGUUUGGCUGGUUAUAUUGGGCUGCGCAACUGGCAGAACAAGAACACCAAAAGUAUGAACUUUGAUAAUCCAGUCUACUUGAAAACCACUGAAGAUGACUUGAACAUCGACAUCAACAGGCAAAGUCAGUCAAUUGGUCAUACCUACCCUGCAAUUUCAAUUGUCAAGACAGAAGAUGAUACAGCUUGAUCUUCAAGAUGGAUUAUUUUAAUUGCUUCAACCAGCUGCCAGCUCAGUGGCAUAGUAGUUUGCAGACAAGUUUUCUACAUUUAAAUAUUUAUUUAAAGUAAAAUGUCACUGAUUUGGUACCAUGCCUCAAUCUUGAGGCAUUUUAGAUUAACUAUGCAAGCUCUGGCACAAGGCCAUGAAAAUGCAGAUAAUCUAAAUAAAUUGCUUGUAUAACUGUAAAUAAGUGAGCCAUUUGAAAACUCUGUAAAUAACAAAUACAAUAAGGCUUUUGCAAAUGGUUGAAGGACAAAACUGCCAAGGAUUUGUAUGAAUUUUUAUGUGCCAAAUGUAGUUUUCUGCCUGAUUUGUUUACAGAUUCCCCAUAUUUGGGGAAAGCAAUACUAAUAUAAAAAAUAAAUUUCAUAAUUGCAUUUGACUUUGAGCAGUUAUGCUUUCCACCUCCAAACUGCUAACUAAGUUUAAACAAUUGUUUCUAUGGAAACUAUAGUGCCUUCCCUAAUCAAUUUUAGAUUCUUAAUCAUCCAGUUUAGCAUGCCCCAUGCAUAACUCACAGCUGUUUGACAUUGGUUAUAAGGCUAGAGCUGUGAUCAUGACAUUGGUGAAUAUCAAACCUGAGCAUGAAAUAGAUGAGUUUGACUAUGUUCUCAUGGCACCCUGAUUCCCUUGGUCAAGAUCUACUGUUCAAUACUUGUACCAUCUUUGCUUGUCUUCCAAGCAUGACCUUGGUGCUAGCUGCUUUUGUUCAAUUAAUUGCAUAGUGGAGAAAUAAUUAAAACUGUUUACUAAAAUUGAGUCCCUGCUUUGGUUCAGUUGUCAUCCUGUAAUGGGUUAUUUAAUAUACUUCAGUCAUUGUGCUUUUUCCUAUUCCCAAGAUACUCAUUCACUUCUGUUCCAUUUAAACUAGCACCAAUUUGCUUGCUUACUGGAUAAGUCUGUACAUGAGUGAUAUUGCUCUUUUUAAAGCUAUAAAACUUCCUUUUCACCACUUAUUCAAGUCUGCUGGUUAAACAAUACUGCCUAUCAAGAGCUAGACCAGUUUGGUGAUUGUAACUGCAAUGUUAAACCUUGACUGUUUUUUAUCUAAAGCUGCAUACAAGAACCCUACUUCGUAGUCAGGAACCAAACCAGACUAUUUCCUGAUCUGUCAAUGCUGGUUCAUUAACAUUGGCAUAUGUCAAUGAAACUGCACACUGCCUCAACUUCAGCCAUACAUCUAUCUUGAUGCCCAGUUCAAACAAAAACUGGGCAAGAAGCAAUGGUGGCUAAAGUUGGUAGUUGUAACACAACUUAACUGGUAUAAUAUUUAACUUGGUUAGACAAACUUCAUAAUUGUGGCCUGUUUUCUACACUUUUGGGCCCAACUUC